CUCCUUCCUGAUUUGUGUCCAAGUGGGAUAGAGUUAUUCCAACACCAACAGAAUCCAAAAGCAAAUGCUCUUUUCGUUUCUUUCUUCAAAACAACUACCACUCGGGUGUAUUGUAUAGCCGUUGUGUAAAUUCAAGGGAUCUACAACCCAUGUAUAUACCAAGAACCAUCUCUCACUAGAAAACCCCCUAGCCUGCACUCGUAGUAGACAGGGCUGACUCGCCGAUAUAAAAGAGGUAUUUUGUACACUCUGCCCUGCCACCCACAACGUUGACGCUAGCCCCCAGAUUGCGCCCCUCAACUCUAAAAAGCUAAUCUCUCUAGUGAACGUAUUUCCCCUUUUUUUGCUGUUAGUGUACCUGCAUUCAGCUAGCUUUUCGUGUGUGAGCGCCGUCUCCUGCCCAAACCAGCCAGUCUAAGCCUCCUCCUCAGCACGCUCAGCCCCAGGAACGGAGGCGUUUUUUUCGUCAAUGUGGACAACAACCACAAGUCAAAUACAAUAAAAAAUUUCCCCUCUUCCAAAACAAGCCUUCGCUUUGCUUUCCCCACAAGGCGCUGCCGGCAGCCGUUAAUUUGGAAGUGCAUGAGCCCAUAUGCCGAGGCUAUACACGCUAGUGGACGCUAAGAAACCGCCAUCGUGCAAUGCCACGGCGUGGUCGCUUGGGCCAUGGGCAGCUCGCCUCAUCGCCUUGGCUUACAGAGGGGUUAAUUAAAAGGACAAACAAAGGUUGGAUUAUCAUUCUAUGCCCUCCCCCGCGUUCAGCAUGCGCCGCCACACUGCUUGGUUGUUAUAUAGACGGGCUUGGACGCCGCCUAUGUUGGAUUCCGAUGUAUAGUUGGUACCCUACUAAACCGACACUCGUUUGAAUUAUAUAUUUUAUUUCGCUUCCCUUGGUUGGGUCUUGUCUCUCAUUCAAUUUUCUUUAAUAUUUUCAUCUUUACUGCGCAGCUAUGAAGUCGGCAUUUGUUUCGUUGGCAGUUUUGCCUGCGGCUGCUUUGGCUGUCGAUGUUGCUGAUCUCGCCACGGCGGAUGAUAAUGCAGCUGUUGAACUUCCUGGACUUCUUCGUUUCCCUGUCCAGGCGGUGGAAACUGCGGAAGACAUUGCUUCUCUCGACAAGCGACAGAUCGGAUCCGAUAUCGUCAACCAGCUCCGCGGCUUCAGCUACACUAUCCCGCUCAAGAUUGGUACUCCUGGAGACGAGGUCAGUGUCGUCUUUGAUACUGGUUCCUCCACCUUGUGGGUAAACCCUAGCUGUAGCAAUGCUACCAAGACAGCUCAAUGCGAGAGCUUUGGUCGCUUCUCUAAGUCCUCCACCCUCCAAAACCUCAACACCACGGGCGGCGUUAAAUACGGCAUUGGAUACGUCAAGUACGACUACGUCAACGACUAUGUCACUCUGGGCUCUGCAAAGAUUAGCCAGCAAGUCUUUGGUCUCGCCACGGAAAGUUCUCAGGUCAACUAUGGUAUUAUGGGCGCCGGUCCCUCGCUGUUUGGCUUUGAGAGCAACGGCUAUGUCAUUGACUCCCUCGCAAAGCAGGGCUUCACCAAGAGCCGUGCCUUUGGUGUGGAUCUGAAGGGCAUCGAAUCUCCCCGUGGCAGCGUUGUUUUUGGUGGCGUUGAUACCAAGAAGUUCCGCGGUGUCCUUGAGGCUCUCCCUAUCAUCCCUGCCUCGGCCGCACCAGACCGUCUGACCAGAUACUGGGUGAACCUCGAUGGCAUCUCCAUUGGUGGUGAAUCCGUUUCUGGAAAGCAAGCCGUCUUCCUCGACACUGGUGCCACGCUCAGCUAUCUUCCCCAGGCUACUGUUGACAGAAUUGCCGCCAAGUUUCCCGGUGCUAAGCCCACCAACUACGGCCUGAUCUCCGUCGACUGCUCCGUUGCUGACAAGCCAGGUUUCGUGGAGUUCCAAUUUGGCAAGACAACCAUCAAGGCUUCUUACAAGGAUUUCAUCUACCGUGACCUUGCCACCAACUCCUGCCUUCUCGGUGUUGCUGCCAAGACCACAAGCUUUGCUCUGGGAGACAGCUUCCUCCGCUCUGCCUACGUUGUCUUUGACCAGGAUAACAAGAGUCUACACGUUGCUCAGAGCGACGACUGUGGUACUAACCUUGUCCCUAUCGGCCCUCAGGCUGUCGGUGCCCUCGAAGGUGAAUGUGGCCGCCCUAAGCCCAGCGUUCCCGUAUCCGUCAAGUCUUUAACCUCUACUUCCUCCGCAUGCACAAGCUUGGCUACUUCUGUCCGUUGGCCUUCGGCUGUCGGUGUAAGCUCUUCUGUUGGCGUUAGCAAGCCUGCCUCUUCUAGCGCUAUCAACACCAGCAAGGCUUCUUCUGCAGUCCCCAGCGUUGGUAGAAACACCACUAUUUCUGCUUCAGCUUCUUCUUCGCUCAAGCUCAACACCACCACCACUGCAUCGGUCCAGCCAACAUACACCUCGACAUUCACCACCACCAGCGUCUACACCAUCACCUCGUGCGCGCCCACCGUCACCAAGUGCCCUGUUGGCAAAGUUACCACCAAGGUCAUCACUACUCACAGCACUUUCUGCCCCACGAGCAAGCCUCCCGCUGCGUCUGUCACCAAGCCUCCUGCUCCUCUCACCACAGUCACCUACACGCUGAUCCGCUGCCCUGGUGGUAAAGACAAGUGCCCUCUGACCGAGACUGGUUCCAAGGUUGUGACAGUCUCCCCCGUCAAGCCAACCUCGGUGGCGCCCGUGUGCAAGACAUGCACUGCUGCCCCUGUUGCGCCCAAGCCGACCGGUGUAAAGCCUGUGGUUUCCAGCGGCAAGCCCAGCGUCAAGCCCAGCACUUCAGUCUCCCGCAACAACUCCACGGCGACUAUCGCUACUCCCCGUCCUCCCGUCGCGACCGUCGCCAAAGCCGCUGGUAACACCGUCAUUCUCGGUACCGGAAUGGCCGCUGUAAUGGGUGCUGCUCUCUUUGCUGCUGUUGGCCUGUAAACAGCCCAUGCAUAAAACCCCUUUGCGCUAGGCCUGGUGAUGGCUCAAUUCAUUUUGUAUAGAUAAAAACGCACACCUUGUAGAAUAGCUUCCUCCUUCUCCGUCAGUAUACAUUGUCAUCAUAGUACAAAAACAUCACCCGUCUUGCCGCA